UAUGAGCUCAAAUCUUCUCACAACCUUUCAUUCACGUCUCAAGCUAUCAAACGUUAUUCCAAUCAAGCCCAAUUAGCGAUGCCGCGGGUCCCAACAGGUGGAGGAAGGCCGCGAGCACCUCGGAGUCGCAGCUGGGCGGAUUCACAGCCUAACGUCUCCGUGUUGCGGCAUGUUUCGCUCUAUCUACCGUUAUCGUAAACGCCCGGCGUUCUUUUUUCACGACCACCAUGUCACCGAUACGACUAUCGCGUUUUCAGGGAUGAUCAUGAUGCGUUGAUGAGUCAAAAAACGUUGACUUUGAGCCAGUGAAAAAGCAAUUGUUGAAUGCGAUGCAGGUGGAGAAGGGAAGGUGUACGCUGGGAAAUUCUAGGACAUACUACAUAGUGAGGUUUCCCUGCUUCAACUUCCACAAAGCUCAACCAACGUUGUUCCUGUCAGCCCAAAUCAAUAGGCUCGGAAUCAAAGGGCAGAUAGGGUGAUACAAGUCUGCGUUGGCAAAAACCGGUUAACGUUUUGACGCCCGAUCACGAGUUGGUAACAAAAGCCUAUCCGUAAACCCCAUCGAUAUCCCUCACAUGAUGAUCAGAAGAUCGCUUCUCUUUCCCCCUUCCUGCUAUAGCCAUGACCACACACGGGCGCCGAAUCUUCGUCUUUUCCCAUCCUCGCACCGCCUGUCACCUGUUUUUCCAUCUCCUCUCAACCCAUCCGGUAUUCGAGAUCGUAGAGCCGUUUUGUUGCGCUGCUGCGUAUGUCGUUGGAACAGAACCUCAAGAGGCUCGUUCUAGGGAAGAAUGGAUGGAUCUUCUGUCGAUGAGUGAGGAGGAUGCGUCCAAGAUCACUUGGCAAGGAAGGAUAGACGAUUUGCAGAAGGGGGUUGCUGAAGCUGAGUUGAAUGGGAAACGGGCUCUCACUAUGGAUCAUCCGCACUAUUUGAUAGCAGUAUCGGAGCUCCAGAGGCAUAAUAUCGACGUUCCCGGACGAGAGUCAAGGCCGACUCCCGUAAUUGUAGAUCGAGAAUUGGACAUUGGGCCUUCGUACUCUUCUUUCAACCUCAGGAUGAUCCCAGUGGAUCACCCCAACCCAACCUUAAUUCCCGACCGAUUUUUCUUCUCGUUCACACCAAUCAUCAUGAUCCGGCACCCAGCUCGAGUUAUCCCUUCUUAUCUACGCGCCUUUCAGAGUCUUGGAUACGAUAUCUCCCAUCCAGACUUCCCCGUGCAGGCAGAAUGUUUUCGAUUAGAACGGCUGGUGUUCGAUAGCUUCAAGUCUUUUGAAGAAGCCCGUGCGGUAGCGGAAGGCCGAAAACCUAACACUCCCAUUGUCAUUCACGGAGAUAAGCUGGUGUUGAUGACAGGCAGUUGAAAUAUUCUUGGGACCCUCCUAGAGUUGGGGAGUCUGCUAAACUGGCGCGGGCGUUUGUAAGCGAGUUUCGUCGGUCAACUGGAGUUUUCUCUAACCCGAGAGCCAAGGAAUUGAACCUGGAAGAAGAAGUGAGAAGCUGGGCGACGGAAUGGGAUGAGGAUACUGCCAGGAUUUUAGAAAAGAAGGUCGCUGCGCAAAUGGAGGAUUACGA